CACCUUAGUAGAACAUUUAAAAUUAAAAGAUAACAUGAGAAUAAUAAACAAUAUUAAUAAUAUUCAAAUGAAAGUGAAACAAAAUAGGACAAGGUUGUUGCUAGGUAGAGAAGUUAUAAAAUGCAAUGAAAUCAUUUUAUGCCUCAAUCCAUCGGAAUUAAAAUAUUUUUUAAAAAAGUCAAAAUUGGAAAAAAAAAAAAAAAAUAUUUUGCUUCAAUAUUUAUCAAAAUAUAAUACUAGCAAAAUAAGGAUAACAAAUGUGUGUUUUAAAAAAAAUGUAUUGCCUUUAUCUCAUUCAUUGGAAUCACUACUAUUAAUUAAAAAAAAUGAAAAACACAAAAUCAUUUCGCUAUUAUAUGAUAGUAAUAUAUUCCCAAAUUGUAUUCCAAUAGAAGAGGAUGAUAUGGAUAUUUUUCAAACGCGCUUAAGAUUUUUAAGCAGAGAAUGUGACCACACCUUAUCAACUAUUGAAAUAAAUUACUUCCUUGAAAAUAUUUUAAAAAUAAAAGAAAAACCAGAUCUGGUUGUUGGAAAUACACAUCACGUCUUUGCAUUUAAUAAAAAUGUCGACGUGAUAUUCAAAAAACUAAUUCACAAAUAUUUAAAGAGGAUAAAAAUAUUCUGGUCGUUUUGCUUUUUUAAAAAUCUAGAAUAUUGUUUGCGACAAGCAAAGGAAUUUAGCAAGUUAUAA